AUGCGCCAGCUGCGUGCGCUCGUCAUCCCUGGCGUAACCUGGCGCGAUGACAGCUCCACAAACGCAUGCGAGAAUAGACUGUGCUGCAAGAAGUUCUCCAUGCUGUUUAGCAAACACCACUGCCGCUGGUGCGGAAGAAUUUUUUGCAAUGACUGUGCCCCCCGCACUGCCAGCUACCGCGGAGAACUGCUGCGCUGCUGCAACGCGUGUCGUCUGCCGUUUAUCUUUCGCAGCAUCUACGAUCCUGCGUCGGGUAGACGGGAUGGGGCCAUAGCGGACCUCAUUUUCUCCUUUCUUGACAACGCCUCCAUCAACGCCUUUUUGCAGUCGUGCUACACGGCUCUUUCAGAGUUUCAUGUUAGUGGCUAUGAAUACUACGGCUGCAUUCAAGAGCGAUUUCCUUCCUUCUUUGACGGCGCACGCAUUGGGAAGGGCGUCACAGGCACCGUCUACAAGUGCGAGGACCGUCGUCGGUGUGAAUACCCACGUGUGGCGCUCAAAGUAAUUACGAAGAGUUCCACCUUGACGAUUACCGCCUGGCGUAAAAUCAGAACGGAGUUGGAAAUCAUGAAAGAUAUUGACCACCCGAAUGUAGCACGCUUGCUGGAGGUGUUUCAGACACCGCUCUGCCUCGUCAUUGUGAUGGAGGCCGGUGAUGGCGGCGCCCUGAAACAUGCGUGGGAGUUUGUGCGUACACGCCACUGCGACUUAGAGGUGUUUACCGCUAAUGUGGUUGCGCAAAUAGCCGAGGGGCUAGACUACCUUUACCGCGUCAAGCACAUUGUUCACCGCGACAUUAAGCACGACAAUAUAAUCGUUUCCCGUGACUUUAGUAAAGUGAUGAUCAUCGAUUUUGGGCUUGCGGAGUACAUCGCAAAUGAGAAGCGUCAGUUGUUUGUGCCGUGUGGAACAUACGGGUUUGCGUCGCCGGAGAACAUCCUGGCGGUGGUGGAUCAUUUGCGGCUCUUCGAGGCCUCCGGUAGCACCAUGCACCGUGCGGACAUGUUUAGUUUAGGGGUUGUAGCUUACAUGCUGCUCUCUGGGGUGCGUCCCCUGCGGGGGAAGCGGUUCGUGGAGCUGUACAGGGAGGUGCGAUUGGGGAUCCGCUGUGUGGGGCCAGGCUGGGCCAACAUCUCCAGCAGCGCCAAGUCCCUUGUGGAGUGGCUGCUCAAGACCAGCACAAAUGAGCGGGCAACGCCGAAGGAUGUACGAAGUCACCCGUUUAUUGUCAAUAAAGCGCCACUCAUAACGGAGAUUGUCAAGAAACGCAAUCAGGAGCUUCUCAUCACGGAGCAGCUGGAGGGCAACGAGUGGGUCUACGUUGUGCCGUCCAGUAGCUGUGGGGAGCCUGCAUGGGGGGAGGGUGUGCCAGGAAAUAGUACACACAACGGACGCUUUGGCUCCGCCCCACCCUUGAGGUGUAGGAUGGACUGCAGCGCAGCGACCAACAAUAAUGUACGCCAGUCACUGAUAAGAGAAAAGUAUGCUUGA